CCCCCGCCUCCGCCUCAGCCAUGGCGGCGGAAGUUCGUAGACGUCAGCAGGCCCGGGUUAAAGGAGAAGCCCCCGCGAACGCCGCCGCCGCGCUCAGUCAUGAGGAGCCGCUGGCCAUGGCGUCGGCCGAAACGCUGACCGUCUUCCUGAAGCUGCUGGCCGCCGGCUUCUACGGCGUGAGCUCCUUCCUGCUCGUCGUGGUCAACAAGAGCGUGCUCACCAGCUACAGGUUUCCCUCCUCGCUGUGUGUUGGACUUGGCCAGAUGGUGGCCACCGUGGCGGUUCUUUGGGUGGGCAAAACGCUCAGAGUAGUCACGUUUCCUGACCUGGACAGAAAUGUACCUCGAAAGACGUUUCCACUACCUCUACUAUAUUUUGGGAACCAAAUCACAGGACUGUUCAGCACAAAGAAACUGAACUUGCCAAUGUUUACAGUUCUGAGAAGGUUCUCUAUCCUGUUUACAAUGUUUGCUGAAGGAGUCUUACUCAAGAAGACUUUUUCUUGGAGUAUUAAGAUGACUGUAUUUGCUAUGAUUAUUGGAGCCUUUGUAGCUGCCAGCUCUGACUUGGCAUUUGAUCUGGAAGGAUAUGUUUUCAUUCUGGUAAAUGAUGUCCUGACAGCAGCAAAUGGUGCAUACGUGAAACAAAAAUUAGAUUCAAAAGAGCUGGGAAAAUACGGUCUGCUGUAUUACAAUGCACUGUUCAUGAUUCUGCCCACCCUGGCCAUUGCAUAUUUCACAGGAGAUGCGCAAAAGGCAAUGGACUUUGAAGGCUGGGCCGAUACCCUCUUUCUUCUGCAGUUCACCCUCUCCUGUGUGAUGGGGUUUAUCUUGAUGUAUGCCACGGUCCUCUGCACUCAGUAUAAUUCUGCUCUUACUACGACGAUAGUUGGCUGUAUUAAGAAUAUAUUAAUAACUUAUAUCGGAAUGGUCUUUGGUGGAGAUUAUAUUUUUACAUGGACGAACUUCAUUGGCUUAAAUAUCAGUAUUGCUGGGAGUCUGGUGUACUCCUACAUCACUUUCUCCGAAGAGCAGCUGAGCAAACAGUCAGAGGCCAGUAACAAGCUGGACAUUAGAGGAAAAGGAGCGGUCUGACGGGAGCCUGCUGGCCACGGAGGAGCAGUCCGGGACGCCGGCCCUUCUGCACACGCUGCGCGCUGUGGUCGCCAGGCCAAGACCAUUUCUUUGCACUUGGACAAUCCCAGGAUCGAUUGCUGCCUUUUUAGAGUUUAUGAUGAGAGAAAGUUAUAAUUUACUAGUGUAGAUAUGCCGUUUAAUUACUUAUUUAUCAGACCGGAAAAUGUACUGGCCUUUUAAUUUAUUUUCCUUCUGUGCUGCCAGUGAAACAUCAGUGCUUUUGACACUAUUCUGUCCCAGCACUGGAUCUCUAGGUGUCCCUGAGAGCUGCGUGUGUGACUCGGACUUUGACUGGGGCUUUGCUAGUCAAGUCUUUGCUGUGGCUGGAGGCACUUUAGCCUUUCUUCAGUGUGAAGUGCAACCACGGGUCUGAAACUUCUUUCACUUUCCUUUCUUGGGUUGGGUUUCGAACCGUCCCCAGCAGUGCUCAGCAGCUAUUCCCAGUGGUGCUGGGAAGCCAUGUGGUGCUGGGCAUCAAACUUGCAUUCCCUCUUCAUGCAUAGCAUGCCCUGCAGCCCGUUUAGCUCUCUCUCUGUUCCUGUUCUCUUACAUAAGGGCCGCUUCUGCUUUGUAAGGUACCUGUGUGCAUUUGCUAAAGUUGAUAGUGCUCACCCUAAAGACUGGGCCUGACUGAGGGAUGUGACUUAGCAGUCAAGUGUGUGUCUCUAAUGCUAGAAUGUUAGACUCUGGAUUGGAUCCCUGGCACUGAAGCACAUUGAUUUCCAUUUGGUUUCCCAGGACCCUCAGGCUGAACAGAGAGAGACCUUUCUUGAAACUCUCCUCCUCAGUAGUCCGACUGUGAUGAGGCGGCGAGGGCAGAGGGGCCUUUAGAGCCUCCAUUCCUCAAGCCGAUUCCUUCACUCGUGCGUGUAGUGAGUCAGUGCUGUGCUGAGGCUCAGGGUACUAGAUUGCCUUGAAGCAGGUGGAACAAGCUCAGGUUGGACAGGGAACUGCGCUCUCCAGUGUGUUGGGGAGCUAUGGCGGGGAGGAAUUGGUGAGAGCCUUUGUUCAGCUCUUAGAACCUCCAGGCCUGUGACCUUUCCUUCUCCAAGUCCAACUAUUGGGUGUGAGACCCUGUGCAGUGCAGUCGGAGGCCACCAUUUUCAUCCCUGAGCUUCCUUCCUCUGAGUUUGGGCACUGCUCCCUUCACUAUGCUAAUCUAAAUGAAGAGGUCUCACCUUUCUGAAGGAGUUGGUCGUCAGGGAAAGGCAUGGAGGCAUUUCUUCCUUUCUUCCCACAUGGGGUUAGAGCCAGCGCCUCCUUUUCCUGGUGAUUUGAGCUCUCCCUCCUUCACACACCUACACCCUCCAUCCCUAGGGCCCAGCUGAACAUGCCAGCUUCUCAGGACUGAUGUGGCCUUCUGGGAGAGCAAGUGAGGGAACAGUGCCUGGGGUGCCUUUGGGCAGGUGGACUGGAAUGUGGUCUUAUCAUUUGGAUCGGAGGCCUGCUUUGACUUAGGGGGGCGUGUUUGUCGGGCCAGUGGUACAGUCAGCACCAGGGAGGUGGGCCCCCUGUGCAUUUCCUUUUUGUUGGCUAUAGCUACACUUGGCUCAAGAUAUAGUAAGUAUUCAGAGUGCUUGGUGGAAGCCUCAGGUAGUGAGGUUUUGUGGAAAGGAGAAGGAAGAGGUAGCCCCCUCUUCUGUCACCCACACAAAGAAGGGAACUCGGACACUCAAAGUCCUUUGUUUGCUGGGAUUUCCCCUCAGGAAAGACUGUUGGUUCUGGGUAGAUGUGGGGCUUCUGUGUUGGAUUGCUUCUUGGGGCUCAGAUGUUUCCUUGAGAAUCCCCUGUGGAUCUGAUUUCUUUCCAGGUCUGUCAGAAAAUGGCAUCCUAUUCUGAUGCCCCUGAAUU